CAAGAAUGCAGAUCUAUCUUCAUCAACGAAGAUGCCGGAAGGAAGUAGAGGUUCUGAUUCCAACAAAACAACCAAAGAUACCGGAAGCCCCAUAAUUCUUGCCGAACUUGCAAAUGCGUAUUGCGAUCGGAAGCUGAGGCGCAAUCAAAACGACAACUUUUCUUCUUCGGUAGCAACCGCUAAAAUGAAGAAAGACGACGAAGCAGAAUUAGGACUUGUGGAAUUAUCCUGCGGUACGAGGUUGACCAAUCUCUUAUCGUCUGCGUCUACCAUGUCACAGCUGCCUAGUCUUGACGAACAGGCGGAUCGGAAUCCUGUUUCGUCCAGCGUCGUACUGAAAAGUACCGAACAACACCCAAAGCAGCAAUUGGUAAAUCACAAACAAGAACAGCAACAGCAAGUAGAAGUACAAGUUUUCACGCGUAUAGAGAGCUGGGUACGAUAUGUAGACUUGGAUAACAUCGAAUAUCAAGAACAUCAUCCGGACCUCUUAGUUUUGAUGCGCGACAUGGGCAUUGGACUCUUCGGAGACAUGUGUUACGAAAACGCCAAGUGGUCAACCGAUGGUGGUCAAGAGGUUGUUGUGCUCAAAGAAAUCGACAUACCAGGUGAAGCUCUGGGCCAGGGCGUACGGAAGGACUUUGACGAGACAAAUUCUGACGGCCAAGCUUUCGCCCAUGCGUUGGCUUCCACACUCUUGCACUUGCUAUUGGAUAGUGUCUAUGUGACAGAAGUCUUUUUUCGGGAGCCACUUUGGUUCGACAUUGCAUCAAGUAGUAUCUCCGUUCGCAAGCCGCCAACACUCCAAUUUCUUGCGGAUAAGUUUGGGCAUAUAAUCUUGAUCGGCAAGAGAAGGCUUUCCUCUUCAGCCGCAUUUUCUUCUUCUUCUUCUUCUUCUUCUUCUUCAGCGGAUCAGGAUAUAACUACCACUACGCUGGUGCACGAUGCAGCGAUGUGGAUGAUUAG